AUGGAGCCCUCCAAGCCCGAGACGGAGCUCCAGCAGCUUUACCACCGCUUGCUGCGUCCGCUGUCGCUCUUUCCCCGCAAGGCGACGGUCCCACAAGCUCAGAAGCGCCCGACGGAGGAGCCCCCGAUGCUGCUGCCCUUGCCGAUCUCGCGACUGACGGUGGAGUCGCUGUGCCGGAAGGUGGCCGAGCGGCUGGAGAGCUGCAGGCUGGCGGUGCGGGUGCCUCACGAGGGCCGACUCCGUUUCACCAAGGUGAUCCUGGACGAGCUAAAGUGCAGCUGGCAGGAGCCUCCCUCCCAGCCGACUCUGAGCCACUUGGAAAACCAGAGGUUCUGGAACCGGCUGCAGGCCCACGUGCUGCUCAGCAGCGAGCAGCUCUUCUUAAGCUACCUGUACCAGCUGGUGACCGUGCCCAACAGCAAGGGCGUCUUCACUGAGUCGGCCACGCUCACCCGUUUGGCCGCUAGCCUCGCUAGGGACUGCACGAACUUCCUCACCAGCCCUGAGGUCUACCGCUGCCUGCUCACUGACUUCUUAGCCCUGCUGAAGGCCGAGCAGGUCGAAGGCGGCCUGCACAAACUGCGCACCCACCGUCCCACCGGCGCUUUGACGCUUUACCACAUCCCCCUGCCUCGCAGCAGCGUUAUGGCCCAAGUGCUGCCCUCCAGCCUCAACCUGAACUACCUCAUCCAACUCAGCCGUCCCACAGACGCUGCCAGUGAGCCAGAGCCGGAUCCAGUGAAGGAACUGAAAUCCAUCCCCCAGCUGAAGAAGAGAAAAACUCUGGGCUGGCUGCCCUCCAGGCAGACAAAGAGAGAAAAAGAUAGCUCCUCACAGAUGGUUUUGCAGCCAAAGCACUUUGUGGCGCCUCCCACCAGAAGAGCCCCCCCUUCCCCUCCCAGGCCUCCCUGCUCCCAUCUCCACAAGGGCCACUCCAUGCCCUCUCUGCGUGAGGGCUGGAAGCUAGCAGAUGAGUUGGGCCUCCCACCACUCCCCCCUCGCCCCCUAACCCCCCUCAUCCUGGUGGCAGAGAGCAAACCGGAGCUGGCAGUGGACAUGGUGGCUGAGGACCUGAAGGCGAUGAGAAAGAAAAUGAAGCUGGAGUUGACUCAUCACUCCUCCCUGGACUCAGGCCUUCCCCCGCUGGUGGGCGCCCUGACCCAUUGUCCAACUGCCACAGAUCGCAGAGAAGAGCUCCAGAGAAUGCUGAAGUCCCUGGAGGAAGAAGAAGCCGCCCGGCACCGGGGCCUCCAAUUCCAGCCCUCUCCCACUCAGCCACAGCCCAUAACUGUUACUUUAAAGUUAAGAAACCAGAUGGUGGUCCAGGCAGCUGCUGUACAGUUCUCUGAGAGGAACUUUGUGGACUCCUUCCACGUUGAGGGGGCCGGAGUCCUGUACAACCACCUCAACGGUGAGCUGGAUCCCAAGCUCAUUGAGGAAAUGGACAUGGAUCGCUUUGUUGGCAGCAGCCUCAGGGAGGUCUACAAGGAGCUGAUGAGCCGCGUGUCCAACAAGCACUUCUCUUUCGACCAAGGACCCCUGGUGGAGUCCACAUCUGAAACGGCCUGGUCAGGCUUCCAGUCCUCAGCCUUUCUAGGUCAAGACAAACAGAAUCGUAUCAUCAACCCCACGCUGGUUGGACUUUACUCCAAGAAAACAAAUGUGUUUCAGCCCAGCCCUGAAAAGACCGCCUCCCUCCUGUCACUCCAAGCGAAGAAAACUUGGGCCAGGAAGUACAACAAGAUUUCGUGGCUGGCCUGGUGGAGAAGCACCAUUUCUGUGGAUGAUUAUUUCACGUACCUCCUCAAGCAGGAGACAGAUUUCCUGCACGUCAUCUUCCAAAUGUAUGAAGAGGAGGUUGGCGAGGAGCCCCCGGCCCCUGUCAAAGAGACCCUAAAGAUUCAGCCCCCACCCCCCUUGCUACAAGACGAAGAUCCCAACUUUGUGUCAGGAGAGUGGAACUGGAACACGGUGCUGGAGUAUAAGGUAGGACCUCAGAAGACCCAGCUCCUGGGGGAAGUCCCCAAACUCGGGCACCUGCAGAAGCGUCUGGAGCGACUGUGGUCCUUGCUUGAGAUCCCUCACAAGGACCGACUGGACAUGGCCAUCAAGUACAGUUCCAAUGCCCGCCUGAGGCAGCUGCCCUCAUUGGUGAGCGCCUGGGAGAGCGUCCUGAAGCCCAUUCACCUGCGGGAGAGCCUGCUGGCGAAGCUGGAGUGGUUUGAGCGGCAAGCCUCCAACCCCAACCGCUUCUUCGAAAAGGUCGACUUGGGUCCGAGCAACUUCCUGGAAGAGAACCAGAUCCGCAGCAAGCUUUACAAGAAGCUCGGCCUGGUGGAGGCGCCUUUGGUCUCCCUCCUGAGGGAGAUCGAGUCAAUCUUUGGCGAGCCAGUGACCUUCAAGGGGCGGCGCUAUCUGGACAAGAUGAAGCGGGACAAAGUGGAGAUGCUGUACUGGCUGCAGCAGCGGCGGCGUGUGCGCCACCUGGCCCAGGCCCAGAAGGCCUCCCACCCGGCGGGUCUGCACAGGAGGCCCGGCAGCCAGGCCCUGGUGGCGCCUGGGAAUAGUCCCAUCCCCCUGUGAUGGGCGCCAGCAUGCCCCCCUCCCCCACACACCCCAGCCGCUCUCAGUCCGGUAACUGCUCAGGAAGAACUGCCAGGGGCGGGGUGGGGAGGUGGGCUCGGAGACCACAUGCUUCUGACCAUGAGGACCACGAUGGACGCUCUGACAGAAUGACCAGCAUCUUUGCCCUUACCCGGCAGUAUUCCAAAGCCCAGGAUGUCCACUGAUGUAGCAAAGUACAACCCAGAUCUCGACUAUCAAAAGAACUCAGGCCAGUCCUCUGGGCUCUGUUGUCAUGGGGACCAUCAGGCACCUGGCCACCUCCGCAUAAUCUUCCUAUCAGAUGCAUCCCGUUGGCCCAUGACAGCCCAAGUCAGGAGGCUCUGGGCAGCGGAGUAGAGAGCAGGCUCUAGAGGAGUGGGCCUGAGCGCAAAUUCAGGCCAAGGAACCGUGGGGCAAAUUAGAUAACUGCCAGGCUCCUGGGUCCUCACUGGUCAGCCCUCUGUCAACAACGAGGAGCUGAGGCCAUAAGUUGCCACUUCUUCCAGUUCUCGAAUACUCCUGACAGCACUAAAACAAUGUAAUCACACAUUUGCCAGUCCCUACAAACCCAUGCAGCAUGCAGGAGUAUGUCCACUGGAAAGUAAUUUUCUUUUCCAUCCCUACCCCAACCACCCUCCCCGGGAGUCUUGGCCUUACCUGUUGCUUGGAUGGAACAUUUGAGAAAUGUGCUGGUGGGAAAACAAAAGAACUUGGGAGUGUUUAAGUGCUGAGGGGGAGUGAAGGCUUUCAUGUUACAGAGUUCACACUUAACCCCCGCCACCUGCCCAGGGAAACUGCCGGUAGGGGGGGAUGGUGGCCACGCGAACCAGGGCCAGCAGUAACAUGGUUGGCACCGGCCUCUGCAGGGGAGGUUCCUCCUGGCGGGUGUUACACUCCAGCUGCUGGGGACCUGCUGCCAGAGGCAGAGCUCACCAGGCCCCACAGAACCAGCACACCUAGGAGCUGCUGGGGUUCUGGGCCACACAGAUCAGCGGGUGGGUGCUGGCUCUGCCGGUGACUGCUUUUAGUCCUCAGGGUAUGCUCCUUUAUCCUUCCUUUACUCUGCUGUAAAAGGGCCAUUUUAAUAUCCACCUCACAAGAUGGUGCUGACAGCCCAAGAAGUCACACAAGGA